AUGGCAACAGAGGAUACUGCCACAAGCACGCGUGUCUUCGUCUCCGGUCUACCUCCUUCGUUUUCGAGCGAUGAUCUACGGAAGCAUUUCAAUCAGAAGCACAGCGUUAACGAUGCGCAUGUGUUCUCGGAUCGGCGCAUAGGCUUCGUCGGGUUUCAUGACCAUGACACAGCCCAGAAAGCAGCCAAAUAUUUCAACAGGUCAUUCAUACGCAUGUCAAAAAUAUCAGUCUCAUUAGCUAGACCUGUCGAUGUCAAGCGAAAUGCGAGUGGCCAGGGAGCGCCGGUUUCUCAGAAACUAGAGAAGUUCCAGCAGCAGCGCGUGAGUCGAGAGUCCAAUAAGCGAAAACGAGACUUGAAGGACGAUGGCGAGGCGCAACGUGAGCAAACGGACAAAGCCACGAACCACGGUCGUGCCCAUGACCGUGGUGCACCAACCUCACCGCCCGCACAACAUGCAGAAGAGGGCGAGUUCGAAGGCUUUGAUUCAGAAGGCGAGAAGAUUGACACGAACAACGGCGCAGAAGUGACGAACAUGUCUGUGUCAGACAGUGACUGGUUAAGAGCCAAGACGAACCGGACAUUAGACCUACAGGAUCCAGAUGUUGACUCAAAGGACACCUCGACGGUCCAGCAGCUUCCGAGUCCUGUCCCAUCUAAAUCGAGUCCAGCGCCGCCGACGCAGGAUGAGGGAGAACGGCCACACGCAGAGUCGAGCGACUCACCAGCUGCUGUCGAAGUACCAAACGGUCGGCUUUUUGUCAGGAAUCUGGCAUUCAGUACGAGCGAGGAUGACCUCGAAUCGCUGUUUUCGGCUUAUGGCAAGCUUGAAGAGUCCCAUAUUGUUAAAGACAACCGAACAUCCAAAAGCAAAGGCCUAGGAUUUGUUCAGUUCGUACACCCAGAAGAUGCUAGUAAAGCAAUGUUGGAAUGCGAUGGACAGCCGUUUCAAGGUCGACUGCUCCACAUCUUACCUGCGUCAGACCCAAAGAAACAGAACCUAACCGACUUCGAUAUAUCGAAGCUGCCAUUGAAGCAGCAAAAAGCUCUCAAACGAAAAGCUGAGGCUGCGAAGACCACAUUUAGUUGGAACUCGUUGUACAUGAACCCUGACGCCGUUCUGGCUUCAACUGCUCAACGACUUGGUGUAUCGAAAGCGGAUUUGCUCGAUCCCUCAUCGGCGGAUGCCGCGGUGAAGCAAGCGCACGCGGAAACCAGCAUAAUCCAGGAGACCAAGGAAUAUCUGCGGAAACAAGGCAUCAAUAUUGACGCCUUUUCGCAGCGUCAGCGUGACGAUCGAUCGCUCUUGCUCAAGAAUUUUCCAUAUGGCACAACCACGGAAGACCUUGACGCGAUGCUGAGGAAGUUUGGCGCUGUGGAGAGAAUAGUGUUUCCUCCCACCGGCACUAUGGCAAUUGCUUUGUUCCACGAAGCCUUCGAGGCACAGUCGGCCCUAAAGGGACUUGCAUACAGCAAUUUGAAGGGCGCAGUGCUGUACCUAGAGAAGGGUCCGAAAGGCUUGUUUGACCCACAAGCUAACGUGGAACCAAGCAACGACGCUGUCGCAGAAGAUAGUGGCGGUGCUACUAGCGAGAGCGGUCUAACUUCGACCGUAUUCGUCAGGAAUCUCAACUUUGCCACUUCGACGGCAAGACUUGCAGAGGUCUUCAGGCCACUCACAGGCUUUCUGUCGGCAAGAGUGAAGACCAGGAGUGAGAAGAGCCGCCCCGGAGAGGUUCUCAGCAUGGGAUUCGGCUUUGUCGAGUUCCGUACAAGAGCUCUUGCAGACGCAGCGGUUUCCACCAUGAAUGGACACCGCCUGGAUGGCCAUGAGUUGCUCGUCCAAAUUUCCAACCGGGCGCUGGACGCUGCUGAAGAACGGCGCAAAGAAGACAGCAGCAAGAAGGCUGACCAAGCAAAGACCAAAAUCAUCAUCAAGAACCUGCCGUUUGAAGCGUCGAAGAAAGACCUCCGAGCGCUCUUCGGCGAGUACGGCGCUUUGCGGUCGAUCCGAAUGCCAAGAAAAUUUGACAACUCCGCCCGCGGAUUCGCCUUCGCUGAUUUCGUCACUGCAAAGGAGGCUCAAUCGGCCAUGCAAGCACUUUCGAAUACUCAUCUGCUAGGUCGCAAGCUUGUCCUCGACUUUGCCGAAGGUGAGGCUGAUGACCCGGAAGCCACCAUCAAGGCCAUGGAACAGAAGGCUGGGCGCCAGGCACAUCUCACAACCGUCAACAAGAUGAUCUCUGGAUCGGCCCGCAGGAAGUUCACAGUUGAUGCACGAGACAACGAUACAAAUUAG